AUGGAACCCAGCGCAAAGCGCAUCAGACUCAACAACGACAAGGAUGAAACCGUCGUAGUCGACCAGGACGGCGACCUGCGCCUGCGCGUCGGCUCCGCGCCCAAUCGCGUCGCCACGUUCGUCAUCUGCUCAAAGACGGUUGGACGCGUCUCGCCGGUCUUCAAGCGGAUGCUAUUCGGCAACUUUGCCGAAGCACGACCAGCAAACGAUGAGGAAUGGGUUGUGGAACUCCCGGACGAUGAUUCGAAUACGUUCGAAAUCUACCUCAACAUCAUCCACGGCUGGUUCGAUAAGGUGCCGAACAAGUUGAACGUGCGCAAGCUCGCGAGCUUGCUCACUGUUGCGGACAAGUACGACUCGACGCCCUGCUGCAGCCAUGGGCUCGGAAAUGGUUGA